GAUCGGUCCCUUUUCUGUCCGCAGGGCAUGGUUUCCCUUGUGAAGGGCACGGUGGGGCACCGGUCGCCAUGGCACCUGCCCCAAACUCGGAGGACCCCGCUCGGCUGUGCCCGAAGACCUCUGCCAACCACCCGACCGACGGCUGCACCGGCCUGUCUCCACCCCGGCCUGCCAGAGGAUGCGGCAUGUUUGCUUUCCUUUCAUCCAUUACUGCUGCUGUCAGUGGACUGCUGGUGGGUUAUGAACUAGGACUCAUCUCUGGGGCUCUUCUGCAAUUAAGUGGGCUAUUAGCCCUCUCCUGCCAGGAGCAGGAAAUGGUGGUGAGCUCUCUUCUCAUUGGCGCUCUACUAGCAUCCCUUAGCGGAGGAUUCCUGAUAGACAGAUAUGGAAGAAGAACUGCUAUUAUCGUGUCAUCUUGCUUACUGGUGCUGGGGAGUACAGUUUUGAUACUCAGUAUCUCCUAUACAGUUCUCAUUGUGGGGCGGAUCGCCAUAGGGGUGUCCAUAUCGCUCUCUUCAAUCGCCACGUGCGUCUACAUUGCCGAGAUUGCUCCCGCGCAUAGAAGAGGCCUCCUGGUGUCCUUGAAUGAAUUGAUGAUUGUGAUCGGCAUCCUUCUUGCCUACAUUUCAAAUUACGCGUUUGCCAGUGUUGCCCACGGUUGGAAGUACAUGUUUGGUCUUGUGGUUCCACUAGGGGUUCUGCAAGCGAUCGCUAUGUAUUUCCUUCCCCCAAGCCCUCGGUUUCUGGUGAUGAAAGGUCACGAUGACGCUGCCAGCAAGGUGCUUGGGAAGCUGAGGACAGUCUCGGACACUACCGAAGAACUCACAGCGAUCAAAUCAUCCCUGAAGGACGAGCACCAGUAUAGUUUCUGGGAUCUCUUUCGCCCCAAGGACAACAUGAGGACCCGGAUGCUGAUAGGCCUGGUGUUGGUAUUUUUUGUGCAAAUCACCGGCCAGCCAAACAUCUUGUUCUAUGCAUCCACGGUGUUGAAAUCGGUAGGAUUUCAGAGCAACGAGGCAGCCAGCUUGGCCUCCACGGGAGUGGGGGUGGUCAAAGUCAUCAGUACCAUCCCAGCGACCCUCUUCGUGGAUCAGGUUGGGAGCAAAACCUUCCUGUGCGUCGGAUCUUCGUUGAUGGCUAUAUCCCUGGUGACCAUGGGCCUUGUGAACCUCAACAUUCACGUGAACUUUACUAAUAUCUGCACCAGUCACAGUCCUCUCAACCAAUCUCUGGAAGACUCUGCUUUUUAUAGGCAGGGAAACCUGUCAGUUAGUAACGAUAGCCUCAGGGAGCAGGUGGUGAGGUUGGCUUUCUUCAGGAAGACUUCCCCUAAGCCGCUGAGGAAUGACAUCUCUGAUGCUGAAAGACUGAACUCGGCAGUUCUGCCAAAUGCUCAAGUCUCUGGAAGAAGCCAAACAGAACAUCAUGUGGGAACAGAUAGAGGAGAAGUCCCGCCUGUUCUGAAGUGGUUGUCUUUGGCCAGCUUACUGGUGUAUGUUGCUGCUUUUUCCAUAGGUCUUGGACCAAUGUCCUGGCUGGUGCUCAGUGAGAUUUUUCCUGGUGGGAUUAGAGGACGAGCGAUGGCUUUAACUUCCAGUAUGAACUGGAGCAUUAAUCUACUCGUCUCAUUGACGUUUUUGACCAUUACUGAUCUCAUCGGCUUGCCAUGGGUGUGUUUCAUUUACACAAUAAUGAGCCUCGCAUCUCUGGUUUUUGUGGUUGUGUUUAUACCCGAGACAAAAGGAUAUUCCCUGGAGCAGAUAUCAAUGGAACUAGCUAAAGCGGAUUAUGUGAAAAACAACAUUUGCUUUAUGAGUCAUCGAAGAGGGAAGUUAGUGCCAACCGAGCUUCAAAAGAGCCACCAAGACAAGUUUUUAGAGUGUAAAAGGCUGUGUAGAAGAGGAAGCCAAGGCAGUCUUCCCAAGAAACCUGAUGGCCCCAGUCUGGGAUGAUGACGUGACACACGAACCCUCAGUACUGCCUCUUGUUCCACCAUAUGUUUGAUAUGCUCUUAGUUUCCUAUCAGAAGCAUGAAGCGAAUGAUUUAGGAUGGCCUUGGUAUUCUGUAUUUAUCAGGAAUGGUUUAAAAUACUGUCCAUCCAAUUCUCCUUGCUUCACUCCCCCCACCAAAAACAAACAAAAAAACCCCCUGCCAUUUCACCAGGCUAGGUGAGGGGAUAAUGGAUCGGAGCCAAAUAAUGAUGUCCUGCAAAUUGGAUUUUGACAGCCUUAGGAAGGACGGAAUGGUUCACAUAGCAACCUGCAAAUGAAACUGUCGAUUUCUUGCUAUUCUGUGAGAGCGCAUAAAGAUGUGGGUAAUGGAUUUAUUGCACAAAUGCUGCAGUGAGGGCAGUUUGAAGACUACUUUCCACUUUUGCUCUUCUUACCCAAUAUGGAGUGAGUCUUGGUAAAGGAGAACAUAUUGUCGAGAAAACCCAGAAUUCUUACACUGUGUCAGUCUGGAACAGCAGCCCUCCUUUGAUGGCUGGCGCUCGUUUUUUAGUUCCUCCUUUCUGAGCAGUUCAUUAAUGUAAGAUCCCUAAGUGCUGCAUUUUAAAACUCAAAAACCAGUUUCUUGGGAAAUUCUGUUUAGAAACCAAAUAACCGUGUGCAACUCUGUGUGAGUAACCCUGCUGUUUCCACAUCCCACAGGCUUAUUAGACCAUGAGGAUUAAAAUGCCAAGGUGCAUAGAGGACAGAACAAGCCUGCGGUAAUGGAGGAAACUACGUAAGCAGAACGUUCCCCUCCUUGUCACAAAUGAAGCGAAAUACUUGGUGAACUUGAAAAAGGUGGGACCAUUUAACAGUCCUUGGACUAUUUAGCUCUGUUUCUGAAAUGAUAAAUUUUGUUUCAAUAUGAGCUUUAGAAAGUGUCUCCCCACCAACAAGGCUUUUCAGUCAAGAGGUGCACUAGUCACUCCAAGCCGAAGAAAGACUUCUGUGUAAAACCUAGCAGGCUUCAGGAAUCUCACUACCUCAGGCUAUGACUCUCUAAGCCCCGGCUACAGCUUACCUCCAGACUGUGUGGAUUUGUGACAGUGGAAAGAACCUCCAGAGUUUUGAUCCAAACCGCUAAAUUGGUCCAAACCACAUGAAACAGAGAAAACCAUCAGAAAAGGAGAGAGGAGAGGGAGGGGAAGAGAGAGUGAAUGAGCGUGAGAUAUUUUUUCGUGCGUGUGGUGUCUGAGAUAGACGUUUCCUUCCACUACUCUCUUGGAGCUUGUUAAAUUUUAAUUCCACCGAAGGGGGAAAGAUAAGGUUGAAACUGAUUCAAAAGAAAAUCAAAACUACCAUUAGGACCACUGAAAUGAUUACAGGAUCUUACAUGUCAACCAGCAACUUUGGGGCUACUGUUUUUUUUCCUCUGGUAUAAUGCUAAUCCUAAAGGUGGCAUGGGAAACUACUAGGGAGCUAGUUUUGAUUUAAAUAUUAGAAAUAUGGCUGACAUUGUAUCAUCCCUUCCUACUAAUGCAGGAAAAUGAAGCUCGUCUCUAGACGGUAAGCUCGUUGGGGGCAGGGAAUGUGUCUGUUUAUUGUUAUAUUGUACUCAAGUGCUUAGUAUAGUGCUCUGUACCCAGUAAGCACUCAAUAAAUACGACUGAAUGAAUGAAAAUCACAGUAGAAGGCCUAUGGCCUCAGACUGUUUCACAACAAAAUUACCCACCAGAAGAGGGACUAGAAAAUCCACUGAAAUGGAAAUUCUAUUCCUUCACCAUGCAGAGGGAGGACACUGGGAUCCUGCAUGUUUUAUAGACAUGGUAUAUACGAUGUAAAAGUUAGAGAUUGCCUUGCUUGGCCCAUACUUUUUAAAAGAUAUAAAUUUGGAGUAAGGUUAAUGUACACCGGGACACAGAUUAUGGAGGUGGUGGGUAGGGAGAUGUUAUAGGCAUACAAUUAAUAUCUGUAAUAAAUGGCUGUUAGCUCAGAAAUCAGUCUCCCAUCCUGUGUAAUCUCUAUGCUCAGGAUACUUGUUACCUCCUAGGAAAUUCAUAAACUGACAUUCGGCUAGACUAACUCUUUUCAAAUACUCCUGUGUCUACUGUAGUAAAUUAUUGAUUGAUU